CAGCAGGUCACCGAGGGAAGAAAGAUGCCAUUACAGGAUUUGCAGCUUAGAGUUCUGGAAACAGCCCAGGAGGUGGGUUUGUACAGGCUCAAAGUUGCUUUGCGCAGGCUAUUGGCAGCAGAAUCAACCUCAGGACUGAAUCUCUUUUGAUGGAAAUGAUGCAGUUAACAUAAACGGGCAAUAUUGUGUCUGAAAAUCUCUUACUUGAAACUCUGCCCCCCACUUGGAUAUUGGGGCUACUUCCUUGUUUCAGAGUGACUGAGCUUCUGUCAAGAUAAGAGUUUUCUCCUUACUGAUGUGACUUGGAGCAGAAAACUUUCUGAGAGUCUAUGACUCUAGAAAGCAAAAUGUCUUAAUACCACGUCCUUUAAUUCAUUAACAAAACCAAUAGACUUACAGACUUAUUCUUGUUCCUAGUAUCCGGGUGUAUUUAUCUAUCCUAAGCCAACUUACGGCAGGCCCAGCCAUAAAUAAAAAAAUGCUGAUUUUAUUUCACUGGGUAGAAUAGAAUUUUUCAUAAAAGCUGCUAUGUGUUCACUGUUUUGGGGAAGAGGGAUGAGGAGCCACUCAUCAGCGUUUAUGCUCAGUGGAAGACCUCUGCAACUGUUGAAGACUUGUCACUGCUUUGUCUGAAUGGCUUUGGAGAAAUCACUGCACAAAUCUGAUCUUUCAAGAAAUUUGAUAGACCAUGGUGGGUCUGAAUCUCAAAGGUCUCAAGAGUCCGGAUGAAGGUGGACAAAGACAGCAUGGAAGAGGAGCAUGCAAACCGAAGCACACACAUCUUCGGUGUGAAGGGCAUCAGUCACCCUUGGACCACGCCACCUUUUGUCUCCAUCCUCUCCUUGUUUACAUCCUGCACGUACAUUCUUAGCUAUGAUGGGAAAAAGUAAACCUACUUUAUCAGUCACUGAAUUUGCCUAGUCUUCUUAUAACCCCAUCUCACACUGCAAAACCGCUCAAGAUCCUCAGUCAACAAACCACUCUGUAACAGAAGAUAAUGGAUUCCUGCAUGCACACCCUCAAUAGACUUUCAAGAAUGUAAUACAGGGCACUUGUAUCAUGCCCAGGAAGCAAGGACUACCCCAACUUCAAUUUUCUACCCAAGAAUCUAAUCAGGGAAGAGCAUUCGAAAGGAACAUUAGGAAUAAAACCCUCCUUUCAUUUGACUUUGUUGAUCCAUGAAAUGCUGUUCUCCAUUAGUUAAUUGCUUUGUCUACGUCUGUUUCACCUUCCCAAACUUUGUGAUGACUGCGUGAUAGGAAACCACUCAGAAUCUAUUUUUCUUUCUCCACCCCCAAAUAGUAAAGCACUGUUUGUGGAGCAUCUGCUCACAGUGACUGUGAUUGUUAUCAUUACUGGCCGACUCACACAGGAGCACAGUCACUGCAGUGGCCUCGGUGACUACUUUCUCGCACAAAGGAAGGGAAGCAAUAUGUUGUUUUCCAGAAGCGUUGGCCAUCUUUGCCAAAGCAGAAGAGAUGCACACCUCUAAUGAGCCACUUCAGCCUUCUAGGAAUACUUGCUUCACCUUGAUGCCAAUUAGAGACCAGAUUAUGACUCAAACGUCUCAGUCCCUGGCCCGCAACAAGAGGAAAGUGUCAUGGUGGCCCGGAAGGACAGGCCAACUGAUGAGCAAUGCUUCUGAUGAUAUCAGUCACCAAGUAUUCACCUCAAGUGAAACAGCUGGCAAGUAGAAAGGGGAGCACCCUUCCUGGGCUUGGAAUUGCUCCCUCAGGGACCAAAUCGAGCCACUACUCCAGGAAAUGACCUUGAGUCCAAAAGGUCAGGAGCCCCGGCCAGGGUAUAUAAAGGCCCCAGCCCGGGAGGAGGGCAUCAGUUCUGAGAACCAGCUCCUCCCGCGCCUCCACCUCUCCACCCGCCUCCACCAUGUCCUGCUGCGGCUCCUUCUCCUCCCUGAGCUGCGGGGGUGGCUGCCUGCAGCCCUGCUGCGGCCGCGACCCCUGCUGCUGCCGUCCCGUGUCCUGCCAGACCACCGUGUGCCGGCCCGUGAGCUGCGUGCCCCGCUACACGCGCCCCAUCGUCGAGCCCUGCCCCAGGCCCGUGUGCUGCGACCCCUGCGGCCUGCAGGAGGGCUGCUGCCGCCCCAUCACCUGCUGCCCGUCGUCGUGCACGGCCGUGGUGUGCAGGCCCUGCUGCUGGGCGUCCACCUGCUGCCAGCCGGUGAGCGUGCAGGCACCCUGCUGCCGCCCUCCGUGCUGCCAGCCUGCUCCGUGCCGUGUGACCUGCAGGGGCUCCAGCCUUGACCCCUGCUGCUGCUGAGCUCCCCAUGGUCACUGCAUGCCUGGCUUUGGGGAAAGUCACACAUACUUCUGGAGACCACACCUGCUGGGUCAGACGGCGAGUGCCCUACAUAAUUACGCAGCUUAUCCUGGCCCCGUCUGACGACAGUAGAAGAAUCCCAGCUCCCAUCGUUUGAAUCCUUGCCUUAAACACAUGCAUAACCAAAGAUUGAAGCACCUAUUGCGUGAGUCUCUGUCUCACUGACCCGUCAUAUUUUUCUACAAAUUUAAGUCUCCCCAGUGGCAGACUUUUUCCUUCAGGCUAUUAUUUUGAUGCAUGGUAAAAAAUAAAGUUUUAUU